AUGGAUCCAUUUUAUGAUGUCUGCCAUGAUGCUACGCAGCAGCUGGAGCAGCUCUCAGGGUAUGUUUCUCGUCUAACAGACGUGGACGACGCUGCAGCAGCCGACUUCGACAACAACAGAGCCGAACUCGUGGAGACGAUUAGAGAUUUACAUGGCGCAUUGGAUCGGACAAAACAAGACCCGGAAUCAUUUGGAGUGACGAGAGAAGAAAUCGCAAAGCGUGAAGCCAGCUUGGCGAAGUUGAAUGGGGAAUUUGACAGAUUAUUACGAUUGUGGGCUCAACGUGACCAGAGGCGGCCGCGUGAAAUUACAUCUGUAUCCAACAGAAUCUCCCACGAAGAUGAACGUCAGUUUGUUCAGCAAGAAGUGAUGAGGGAACAAGACGAACAGCUAGAUGUGGUGUACAGGUCAAUCCAGAACUUGAACAUGCAAGCGACUGCUAUGGGAGAUGAGUUAGAUGAGCAGAAUUACAUGAUUCGUGAUCUGGAGAACGAAAUGGAACGUGUGGGUUCGAAACUUGGCAAUGGAAUGAGGCGAAUCCAGUGGUUUCUCGAGAAAAACAACGAGAAGGCGUCGAAUUGUUGUAUUGGUCUGUUGAUCGUUGUGUUGGUGAUUCUGCUGGUAUUGUUAAUGAUAUAG